CCCAAGAAUUUCCAGCAGUUUCACUCCUCAGAGGCUGCGCUCUUAAAUUAUGCUGGAUUUCAUUUUCUUAAGAGAGAGAGAGAGAAAGAAAGAAAAAAAAAAAAAGCACCAUCAGGCAGGAAAGAUGGUUAUUCUGGUUUUGUUGCUCAGAGGCGUCGCAAGCCGACCCCUCUGUAAAAACCCUGUGUUAAAGGAUCCGACGAUGGGAAUGAAAACGUUCCUCUUUCUGCUGCGUUUAGGCCUGAUAAAAUUAUUCCAAGCCAGUGUAAAGGUUUGGCGAACGGCGGCACGGAGAACAGCUCGGGAGAGAAGCGGAGAGAGCACCACUGGAGAAGUUACAAGUUGAUUAUUGACCCGGCGCUGAGAAAGGGCUCACACAAACUGUACCGAUAUGAUGGACAACAUUUCAACGUACCGAAUCCCGGGAUCCCUCCGGUGGACAUGGUCAGGGACCCGCGGAUCGGUCGCCUGUGGACCAGGUACAAGGAGACCGACUUGCCCGUGCCGAAGUUUAAGAUUGAUGAGUGCUAUAUCGGUCGCGUGCCCCCGAAGGAAGUGACAUUCGCGAGGCUGAACGACAACAUCCGGGAGGGUUUCCUUAGUGACAUGUGCCAGAAAUACGGCGAGAUUGAGGAGGUGGAAAUUCUGUACAAUCCGAAAAAUAAGAAGCACCUGGGCAUCGCGAAAGUGGUGUUUGGCUCUGUGAAAGCGGCCAAGGACGCGGUGCAGAACUUGCACAACACCUCUGUGAUGGGGAACAUCAUCCACGCAGAGCUCGACCCCAAAGGUGAGAAUCGGCUGCGUUAUGUCCAGCGACUGAUAAACGGGAGCUUUACACCCCUGACAGUGCCAGUGGGAGAUGAGGAGACGAGUGAGGUGUCGCCACGUAGCCUAGCCGAGGCUCUGCUGUCUUGUGAACCGUUACGUCGCCUCUCUGAAAGUGGGUCCACCAGCACAAGCACGCCGCUCUCAAUGGACACAGCAUAUUCAAGCCUUAGACAGGAUGCUACGCCCCAAUCGCAGACAACGCCCAUAACGCCCCGCCCUUCUGGCACACCCUUCUCUCAGGACUCUGCUUACUCUGGCAGGCAGGCCACGCCCACCUUCCAGCGCUCCCGGAGGCACGAGACCAAAUUCCAGGACGCGUACAACCGCCGGCCAGAGAGGCAUUAUGUCCACGGGGGUUACCGCGGCAAUGCAGAGAAGCCAAACCCGCCCCCUGAAGCUCCACCUCCUCCGGUCACCCCCAAUUUUAAGCCCGCAUUCUCACCAUAUCAGCCUCCCAUGCCCCCUGCUUACCCCCCUGCUGAGCCGCAGUUUCACCAGUCAGAAUACAGACACCCGCCUCCUCAAGCCCCGCCCCCUACCAAACCCGAAUUUCAACCAGAACCGCCUCCUAUGCCCGAGGAAGCACGACCUGCCACGCCGACCUCCUGUCCCUCCCCCUCCCCAGGCACACCCACUCUGGAGGCAGAGCGUCACAGCCUGGACUCACGAAUUGAGAUGCUGCUGAAGGAAAAGCGCACAAAGUUGCCAUUCCUAAGCGAAGGUGGAGACUCAGACGGAGAGGUGCGCAUGGAGGGCAGUCCCAUCUCCUCCUCCUCCUCUCAGCUAUCCCCCAUCCCACCAUCCUCUGCCACCACGCGCACACCCCGUCCACCAAGCACCGGCCUGGAGGAUAUCAGCCCCACCCCUCUGCCCGACUCCGAUGAUGAAGAGCCCAUCCCAGGCACUGCCUCCGCUGUACACCUCCCACCGAGCGCCUCACCUUCAAACACGCACAAUGUGGGGGGGCCACAUACCCCAACAGACAAAGUGGAUACGGGUAACCAGUCGUCAGGGGAGGAUAUGGAAAUCUCUGAUGAUGAGAUGCCAGGCACGCCCAUCUCCAGCGACUGUGCUAAGGGCAUUGUGGUGAACUCGGCCGUGUCUCCGAUAACCCCUCAGUCUAUGCCGCUUCCGCCACCUGGCUUCCCCCCUCUGCCCCCUCCUCAGCCUGCAUACCCUAUGCACCCUGCUCACUUGCCCCCUCAUCUUCCUGCUCCACCACCAAUGCUGCCCCCAAUGCCCCCGUACCCACCGGGCAUGAUGGCCAUGAUGCCUGUGGAUCUGAUGAGCUGUUUGCCUCAGUGGGGCAGCGUGCACAUGUCAUUUCAGAUGCAGACGCAGAUGCUGAGCCGAAUGGCACAGAGCCAGCGUGCUUACCCUUACCCACAGUUCCUAGGGGGAACAACAACAGCAAGCGCAGGUACCAUGCAGUUCGGUGGUCCAUACCCACCCUUAUCCAUGGUGAACACUCCUAGUGGUGGACACUCUCAGCCUUGGCAUUUACCCAGCAUGCCCAAGUUUAACCCGUCGGUGCCACCGCCCGGCUAUGAGCCGAAGAAAGAAGACCCGCACAAAGCCACGGUGGACGGUGUGCUCAUGGUCAUCGUCAAAGAGCUGAAGGCCAUCAUGAAGAGAGACCUCAACCGCAAGAUGGUGGAAGUGGUGGCCUUCAGGGCCUUUGAUGAAUGGUGGGAAAGGAAGGAGCGAUCUGCCAAGGCAACAUCCACCCCAGUAAAGACAGGUGAGGCUAAGGAGGACGAUAAAGAGCGAGUGAAGCCGAAAGAGACGUUAGCGUCCAGUCUGCUGGAGACAUGGGGUAAAGGCGAAGGUCUUGGUUACGAGGGCAUGGGUCUGGGCAUCGGCCUGCGAGGUGCCAUCCGCCUUCCGUCCUUCAAGGUGAAGAGGAAAGAGCCUCCAGACCCUGUCUCCACAGGAGAGAGUAAGAGAGCACGGCUGUCCACGCCUGUAGACGAUGAGCUGGAGGAUGAAGAGUUAGAGAAAGCAGACGCCCCCUCAGACGGCACCCGAGUGGAUGACGCAUCUUCCACCAAACGGAGGCAUGCCCGUCCCGUGGAGCUGGAUAGUGAAGGAGAGGAGGAAGAGGACGAGGAAGAGGAGGAGACGGGCAAGGAGGAGUCCUCUGUGUCCGAGCAGGAGGAUGAGGCCAAUGUAGAGGUCUCGGAGACCAUGUCCUCUAGCAAGGAGGUGGAAGAGGAUGCUGAUGAUAAUGAAGACGGGAGCGAGUCUGAGAGUGAGAGCAGUUCUUCUGACUCGUCUGAUGAAGGGCACACCAGCUCAAUGUCCUCUCGGUCCGACUCUGACUCCUCUGAGAGCGACAGCUCCGACUACGAGUCCAGCUCAGAUGAGAAAGAGGAUGAGGAGGAAGAGGAGGAGAAAAAAGCACACAAGGUCUCCAUGGAUACAGAAGAUGAAGAUAAGGAGGUGCAGUCGUCGUCCUCGUCUUCCUCGUCCUCACCUUCAUCAUCCUCUGAGGAAGAGGAUGAGGCGGAGAUGGAGGCUCCCAGCACACCUGUGGCUCCUGUGGAAGAGGAGAGUGAGGUAGCAAAGCCCGAGGCAGAGGAGACAGGGAGUGCCGUCACUGCUGCUCAGGACAGUCUGCAACUUAAAGAAGAGUCGGGCAUUGAUCUUGAGGUAAGGAAGACGGAACCCCUCCAGGAAGGCUUAGGGACUCUGAGGCCUCCAACCCCACCUCAUGCAGAGGAAGAGGAAGUUCCUCGGACUCCAGGUCGUGAUGUCCCUGUCCCUUCAGAGGCAGAGACACCCACUAUUCACCUGCCUCUUCCCCCUGCUCAUUCUGUCCUCCCGGCCCCACGCCUCUCGAGCGAUGAGGAUGUUCCCCGCACACCAGGCCGUGACCUUCCCCGCCGUCUUAGUAAAUCACAGAGCAGUGAAACAGCACCUACUACACCUACCAUACCUGCUACACCCAGCACACCCAGUGAAGCCCCGCCCACAGGUAGCAGCUUGUCGCUCAGCAGCCCAUUCCCUUACCCACUCCUCAGUGCAGGCAUCCCUCCCACGCCUGGUCGAGAUCUGAACUUUACCCCGGUUUUCCCAGACUCCCCUGCUGCCCUUCCCCUUCAAAGGAAGUCCUCCUCCGAAAAGCCGCUGUUCAAAGAACCUGGCAGUGCCACUCCCUGUUCGUCUUCCCCGCUUCCUGUUGUUCCAUCUUUUUGUUUAGAUGCUGGUGCUGUGCCAAAUAAUCAGCAUGUUCCAUUCAUAGAACUUUCUGUGUCCGACGAUUCGGCUUCUUCAAAGAAGAAACCGGGCCGACCCAGAAAGUCUGCAGUUGCCGAACUUGAGGAUGGCCAAGAACUUCAUGAGGCAAUGAUGUCGCUUCCGCCAGACCUCCCGGUGAAGGACCUAUUACCUGAAUGUGAAGCAUUACCAGGAGUACUUCGAGGGGCAGAUGGCUCCACAGCAUUGGCUCAGAAGGAGAAGGAAGAAAAAGUGGUAGAGGAACUUGAGGAAAUAAAGAAGGAGGUGAAGGAGGAAGUGCAGGAUGUGGAACAGACCGUUCUCUUUGAAGAGCCGCUACAGAAAACACGGGGUCAGAGGAGGAACUGGGAAGAGCUCCUCUUCACCAUGCACCCACACAUAAGGUCGCCUCUGCGGCCAAAGUUCUUGCCACGGAGCGAUUUUGAGGAGAUGACCAUCCUCUAUGACAUCUGGAACGAAGGCAUUGACGAGGAGGACGUACGCUAUCUCAAAAUCACCUAUGAUAAAAUGUUGCAGCAGGAUAAUGGCCAUGACUGGCUCAACGACACACUCUGGGUUCCUCACCCUCCUACCAGCAGUGGCAGUCUGCCUGGGGGUAAGAAAAAGCGGCGAGAGGACGGUAUGCGUGAUCAUGUGACUGGCUGUGCGCGUAGCGAGGGCUACUACAAAAUCGACAAAAAGGACAAACUGAAAUACCUGAACAGCACUCGGUUACAGUCAGACGAGCCUGAUAAAGACAUGCAGGGCCGGAUGAUCCCGGCUCAGCCCCACGCCUCAACGCGAGCAGGCUCGGAGCGACGCUCUGAACAGCGCCGCCUGCUGUCCUCGUUCAGCUGUGACAGUGACCUGCUCAAAUUCAACCAGCUCAAGUUCCGUAAGAAGAAGAUCCGAUUCUGUAAGAGUCACAUCCACGACUGGGGUCUGUUUGCCAUGGAACCCAUCGCCGCUGACGAGAUGGUUAUCGAGUACGUCGGGCAGAACAUCAGACAGGUGAUCGCGGACAUGAGAGAGAAGCGUUACGAGGAGGAAGGCAUCGGCAGCAGCUACAUGUUCCGUGUUGAUCACGACACCAUCAUCGAUGCUACAAAGUGUGGAAACUUCGCUCGCUUUAUCAACCAUAGCUGCAACCCCAACUGCUACGCCAAGGUGAUUACGGUGGAGUCUCAGAAGAAGAUCGUAAUCUACUCGCGCCAGCCGAUCAGCGUCAACGAGGAGAUUACCUACGACUACAAGUUCCCCAUCGAGGACGUGAAGAUCCCUUGUCUGUGCGGAGCCGAGAACUGCAGGGGGACGCUCAACUAGCACUGUCGAGCGCCAUGAAGCAGGGAGGGUGUUGGGAGGGUAACACACAGACACACACACACCCUCCACCCUCCACUCUGCAGUUAGAGCAGCUACGUGUGUAGGGCUUUUUAUACCAAUAAAUCCAUCCAACGAUUGUUUACGAUUUACACACCGGUGCUCUUUAGACCACAACAUGAAUUUUCUACCACUCUUCCACUGAGAGAGAAGGACGGCCACCCCAGUCACCCUUCCCUUUCCGACGUCUACGCACAAGUCAUUGUGUAUUAGGCGGCUUUUCGCCCAUCCGCUUGCUUCUUUCCUCUUUUUACAGACUUUAUUUCUAUACUGUACGCUCCUAACGGGCACAGGCCUGUUGGCCACUACACGCACACAAAUUCAGACACACUACUCAAACUUCAGGCUCGCUCACACACGUCGUCUCGCACGCUUCCGUUGUCUGCAAGUUUUCAACAGUGUUUGCCCCCCCCAACUCCCCCCCUUUCCCCAUUUGCUUAUUUAAUGCCUUUUCAAGUUGCCGUGUGUUUUGCAUGUUUGUGUAUGUGUGUGCUGCCCCCUGCUGGUUGUCUACUGUAAUUAUCAGCCUUCGGAAUUAUAGUAAGGACAUUUAUUUUUGCAAAACAAAUUGCACAGAGAAGGAGAGAGAGAGUUGACCAGACGCUCAAUCUGUGUUAAGUAUUUAACCGUGUCACACAUGGUGGUAAUAUGGCAUUAAUUCCAGUUGAAUAUAUUAUCACAGGUACAUGGUGGGACGGUUCUGUAUGCCGGUUAAAUGGUUAAUAUGGAAGAGUUAAUGAAGAACAGCAAAAAAAGGGACCUUAGAAGACAGCCAAGUGUCUGCCAUAGUAAAUGUGCUAAACAUAUCAUGAAUUUAUCGUCCAGCAGAUGAUCAGCUCGAAGUACUUACUACAGUACAGAAGUUGGUGUUUCUGAAGACUCCGUUUUGAGAUGGUUUAUUCUAUAUCCACUGAGCUGCUUUCAUUACACCCGUUUAAGCUAAAUGCUUGAUCACUAAUACCUAGUAUUAAAAGUCUUUCUCACACACACACACACAAUGUAUUAGUCACACACAUAAUGGCAUGUAGUUUCAGAUUUCAGGCUUUAUCAUACCGGUCUUUCCUCCAGUGCUAACUGCACAAUCGUCACUUGUCUCACCUGUAUAGUAUUUUGUCCUUUGAGCUGUAUUACGCUUCCUCAUGCUCACUGAUGGAUCAUAGCAUUAUGCUAAUUAGCUAAAUGCUGAGGACAGGAAAUGAUUUAUAUUUGGUGCCAAUUUUCUCCUUGGGUACAUUCUAAUUCCACCCUGCUGUGUUAUUUCUGUAAGAAUGCGUGUGUGUGUGUUUGUGUGUGUAUUCUGUUUGUAACACUAGUACUUUAUACCCUCUCACCUCCUUUCCUCUCAUGCUCCCAUCAGGGUGGGCGUGUCUCUCUCUUUCUCUCUCACUCUGCGUUUAUGUUCAUACUGUACAGACGAACCGUUUGUACGAAGGAUCGGGGACUUUUUAUCGCGAUACAGUAAGACAUCGAGUAUCGGUGCAUCUUUUUUUACCAGCAGAACUAAUUUGAGAUGAUGAGAUGAUAUUUUUGGGAGAGCUGACGUAUCUCGGUUCUCCCUUUAAAGAUUGUUUCUUGUAGAAACGUCUUUUUUUUUUUUUCUGCCUGCUUUCCUUCAGUGUAAAUACUCAGACUGUGAAUAUAUAAAUAAAUAAGUAUAUAUAUAUAAAUAUAUAUAUAUUUUGGAGGCGAGGGCUCGCUUGGCGCCACAGAGAGCGUGUGCAGGAUUUCAGCUUGUGUCAAGCUUUAUUUUUUAUUAUUUUUCAGUUUGUAAAUUCUAUGAAAGCAGUUUGCCGUGUGUGAUGGAGGGAGGAUGACGAUGCUGCAUCGUUCCCUGACUAUUUAUUACACAAAUGUAUGAAAAACAGAUAAUUGACAAAAAAUAAAGGAUGU